AUGUCGACUGAGAACAACGAGGCCGGCGGCUCUUUGGCCGACCGCAUCACCAAACCCGAUGAGGCCUCACAGCCUGCCCCCACCACCGAGACACCAACAAAGCCAAGUGAAGACGGUGCUGGAACUACAUUCCAGGGACCGGACCUCCAGGAGCCUGAGUACCAAGUCGAGGUCAAGCUCAGUGACCUGCAGGCGGACCCGAACAACCCCCUGUUUUCCGUCAAGAGCUUCGAAGAUCUUGGACUUGACCCCCGUAUCCUCAAGGGUCUCUCGGCCAUGAACUUCCUCAAACCCUCCAAAGUGCAAGAGCGCGCACUCCCUCUGUUGAUGAACAACCCCCCGAAGAACCUCGUUGGACAGUCCCAGUCCGGAACUGGCAAGACUGCUGCCUUCGUACUCAAUGUCCUGAGCCGUGUCGACCUUUCCACAGAAGAGAUGCGUGGCACUCCUCAGGCCUUGAUCCUGGCCCCUACCCGUGAGCUUGCCCGUCAGAUUGUUGGCGUCAUUCACGACAUGGGCCAAUUCCUUGAUGGCCUCAGCAUUGGAACUGCGGUUCCUACUGAUGCUUCCGCUCGCCCCACUCGGAUGACCGCCUCUGUUGUGGUUGGAACUCCUGGUACUGUUCAAGAGAUGAUCAGGAGACGCGUCCUCAAUCCCACCGGCCUAAAGGUGCUGGUCUUGGAUGAAGCCGACAACAUGCUUGACCAGCAGGGUCUUGGGGAUCAGUGCAUCCGUGUCAAGGCAAUGCUCCCUCGCACCAUCCAAGUCGUGCUGUUCUCUGCCACCUUCCCGUCCCACGUCCACCGCUAUGCUGCCAAGUUUGCCCCUGCUGCGAACGAGAUCACCCUUCAUCACGAGGAAUUGACCGUCGAGGGUAUCAAGCAGCUCUACAUGGAUUGCAGCAGCGAUGAGGAGAAAUACACCAACCUGGUUCAGCUCUAUGGCUUGCUGACUGUUGGCUCGUCCAUCAUUUUCGUCAGGACUCGUGCCUCUGCCGUGGAGAUUGAAAAGCGUAUGACCGCCGAGGGCCACACUGUUGCUUCCCUCACCGGUGGUAUCGAGGGCUCUCAGCGUGAUGCCGUCAUUGAUGCCUUCCGCAGUGGUGAGGCCAAGGUGCUCAUCACGACUAACGUUCUCGCUCGUGGAAUCGACGUGUCCACCGUAUCCCUCGUUAUCAACUACGACAUCCCCGAGGUUUCCGGCCCCGGUGGUGCUAAUCGCAAACGCGAGCCCGACUACCAGACCUACCUUCACCGUAUCGGUCGUACGGGUCGAUUCGGCCGCAUCGGUGUUGCUAUCUCCUUUGUCUCUAACAGGGAAGAGUGGGAUAUGCUUCGCCAAAUCCAGCAACAUUUCACUUGCCAGAUUGAGCGCAUUGAUACCAGCGACUGGGAUGAGGUUGAGCGGAUUAUCAAGAAGACCAUCAAGAAUUCUCGUGCCCAGGCCCAGUUUGCCAAACCCCAGUGA